GAAAGCUUCCAACUCUAGUGAAGCAUAUUCCCAGAGUCAAGAGCUAAGCCUGGGUAAGACUCUGCAGAGAUGCCCCCUUCUUUGAUUCAAUCUUGCUCCUCAGGGGCUCUCCUGAUACUGUUAAUGGCAAAUCUCUUCCUGUGGGAGAAGGUAUCCUCUGCACCCAUAAAUCCCAGCGAGACUACUCUCAAUGACUUGAAGGACUUGUUUGAUAAUGCAACUGUACUUUCUGGAAAGAUGGCUGAGCUUGGUUUUGCCAUGCGCAAAGAAUUUUUCAGCAACUCAUUCUCUUCAGACAUAUUCACUAAUAUUAUAUUAGAUCUGCACAAAAGUAAGGAGAAUAUAAUCAAGGCUUUCAACAGCUGCCAUACUGUUCCCAUCAAUUUUCCUGAAACUCCUGAGGAUAUCCGAACGACCUCGUUUGAAGAGUUUUUGAAAAUGAUUCUUCAGACACUGCUGGCCUGGAAAGACCCUCUGCAACAUCUAGUGACAGAACUCAGUGCUUUGCCAGGAUGCCCUUAUAGUAUCCUAUCAAAGGCCAAAGCCAUUGAGGCUAAAAACAAAGACCUUCUAGAGUACAUCAAAAGAAUAAUAUCCAUGGUUAAUCCUGCAAUCAAAGAAAAUGAAGAUUACCCAAUCUGGUCAGAUUUGGACUCUCUGCAGGCAGCUGAUAAAGAAAUUCAACUUUUUGCUCUUUAUAUGUUUUCCUUCUGCUUACGUUCUGAUCUAGAAUCACUAGAUUUUCUAGUCAAUUUGCUAAAAUGUCUGCUUCUUUAUAAUGAUAAUGUCUGCUACUCAGGAUUUUGAAAAAUUGCAUGAUCUAUCUUGGAAACUUCUAAUUUUAUGCCCUUUUAAUAUAUGAUUAAAUCUUAUGUGUCUAUAAAUAAAAGGAGACAUCAGAUAUGUCGAGGAUGGAAAGAAAAUUGGUUGGUAUUUUAUUCUAUUAGUAAUAAAUAUAUCAAUAGCAUCAAAAUCUUCCUAUCCAAACCCUAGAUGUUCAACUGGCAAAGGAUAUAAUUCAUAGCGCACUUUAGAACUACACAAAGUUAAUGUGGAUAAAGUUACAAAAAUCAAUGAAGGAGAUUACUAUUAAAAGUACAAUAUUUCUAUUACAGAUUUGGAAAUAUUGGGAUAUGUUAAGAGAGUUGGCCAUGCCUAUAAGGCAACUUUCACAGUAAAAUGCCAGAAAAUAAAAGUACCAUGCUACUGAAUUAUGACUAAUUAAGAAAGUUUUGCAUUUAAGUGAUGAGUGUGUAUGAAUAAAGUGGUAUAAACGUAAAA